GCAGUUCCCAUUCAGCUGGGGGGCAGCGCUGAGAUGAAAGUGCAGGUUAGGCUGCGUGGGCGGAGGACUACAGAUGCACCUUUGCAGUUUGAAUGUAUGGCUUCUGUAGUAGGUUCGAGCCGGACGCCAGGAAUUUACGGAAAAUGAUUUUAAGCCCCCCAAUUCAGAUUACUAGAAUGACUGGCUGGAAACUGAAAGUUAACAGAUGUUCGAGGCGUGAGCUCUCUUUGGCAGAUACUCACUAACUCCUACUUUUGAAGAUGAAUCCUAACAGUCCUUUUCGCGGACAGCAGCCUGAUGUUUUCCAAGCACCUUCUAAUAAUUCUGUAGGAAUGUUUCAGGCUCAAACACCAUUUCGAUUUGGUCAGCCCUCUAUGUUUGGACAGAGCAAUGGAGGAUCUGUACAGAACCUUGGGUUUGUCCAGCCAUCCAACUUUACUCAGCCUUCGGGAUUAAGCCAUCCCACUUCAGGGCAAACCUUGGGAUUUGGGCCGCCCUCUGGGUUUACACAGUCUUAUGGUCUUGGACAACCUACACCUUUUGUGGCGUCUUCUGCACCAACUACCUCCUCUGUUGUUGGAAACCAAGGAUUCAGUUUUAAACCACCUACUAACCUGGGAACAUUUCAGAAUGCUUCUAACUUUGGAGUUACAUCUGGAGACGUUUCAAGUAGUGGCUUUGUGGGAUCAGAAUUCAGCUUUAAAACACCAGAAAAUGCAAUAUUUAAACCAAUCUUUGGUGUUGGUUCCGAGCCAGAGAAAACACAAAGCCAGAUCAUCCCAACAUCUUUCACAUUUUCCCAUCCAGUUAGUAGUGGGCCUGGAGUCCUGGCCCCUUUUGGCCUUUCUCAAGAGACCAGUAGCUCUAGUACCAGUACAAACUUCAGCUUUUCAAAACCAGCUAGCAGCAGUAAUUUGCCAUCUUCCUUUGCCUCUUCUGUACCAAGCAAAACAGUAGAGGACGACAAAAAAGGAACAAAGCCGCUCUUUGGAAGCCCUAGCAGCAGCUUCACUACUUUUUCUAGCUCAUCUGGGUCCUUGGAUUUAGGAGCAAACUUCCAAGUCAGUACAGCGACUAAAUCAGAACAUGACGAAGCUCAGAGUGAGUCACUUGUCAGCCUUGUAAAAGGAAUGAAAAGAAAAGAGGAACGAGAUCGUUCCCCGAGAGGGCGGGAUUAUGAUGUUGCAGAGGAGUCGGAGAUUGUAUCUAGGAGCGGUUAUCCUCCAGAUAAGCGGCCUGUUCGAUUAAGCCGGCCACGUGGAGCAGCUGGCUUGUUUAGCCGGACAUUGCAGGAUAUGAUAAAAAGCAAUAAAGAUAGUGGACGUGUUAAGAAAGAGUUGAAAAAGGAAAGAGUAGAAUCUGGAGAAAAUGAACAGAUGUUGGGAGCAAGUAAGUCUCUGUUUGCAACGCCACGGCUCUCAGCACCAUUAAAAGAAGGAGAUGGUAAAGAGAAAACCGAAGCGAAAACUAAGGAAGAUUCUGCUCUUGUGACUCCCUCACGUCGAAAUCGAAGCAGCGAGAGUGUGGACAGUCUCGGUGGCUUAUCGCCAAGUGAACUCACAGCAAUCCAGUGCAAAAAUAUCCCUGACUACCUUAACGACGCAAAUGUGCUCAAGAAGCAUUUUGGCCAGACGAAAGUCCAGCGCAUCCUUACCAGGCGCAGCAAAAAGCUGGCUAUUAUUUACUUCUUUGAUCAUGCCUCUGCUGCUCAGGCAAGGAAGAAGGCAAAAGGGUUAGACAAAGAUAUAGUAACAUUUUGGCAUAAGAAGAAAACAAUUCUCCAGCUAAGAAAUCUGCUCUUACAAAGUCGCUGCAGUUUGAGGCAGACCCAUUUGAUUCUGGGACUGAAGGGCAGAACUCUGAGAGUUUGGCAGUAUCAGCAUCCUCACUCAGUAACCUGAUAGGCUCAGUGGCAGAGACCUCUGAAGACAAAUAUCGCCUUCUGGACCAAAGGGAUAAAAUCAUGCGACAAGCUCGAGUAAAAAGGACCGAUCUAGGCAAAGCUAAAACAUUUGUUGGAACGUGCCCAGACAUGUGUCCUGAAAAAGAACGCUAUAUGAGGGAGACGAGGAACCAGCUCAGUGUCUUCGAAGUGAUCCCAGGAUCUGACAAGGUAAACCAUGCAGCUGCAAUAAAGGAAUACAGCAGGUCUUCGGCAGACCAGGAGGAGCCUUUGCCCCAUGAACUGAGACCUUCAGAGGUGUUGUGCAUGACCAUGGACUAUUUAGUUACCCAAAUCAUGGACCAAGGGGAAGGGAAUUACCGAGAGUGGUAUGACUUUGUAUGGAAUAGGACACGUGGAAUAAGAAAGGAUAUAACCCAGCAACAUCUCUGUGACCCUCUAACAGUAUCCUUGAUUGAGAAGUGCACUCGUUUUCAUAUUCAUUGUGCCCACCACUUGUGUGAGGAGCCCAUGUCCUCUUUUGAUGCCAAGAUCAACAAUGAGAACAUGACUAAAUGCUUGCAGAGCCUGAAGGAGAUGUACCAGGACCUGGCUAAUAAGGGUGUUUACUGCAAGAGUGAAGCAGAGUUCAGAGGCUACAAUGUGUUGCUGAAUCUCAACAAGGGGGAUAUUCUCAGAGAAGUGCAGCAGUUUCAACCUGCUGUCCGAAACUCAGCUGAGGUCAGAUUUGCAGUUCAAGCCUUUGCUGCAUUAAACAGCAAUAAUUUUGUAAGGUUUUUCAAGUUGGUGCGAGCAGCUUCCUAUCUGAAUGCCUGUCUCUUACACUGUUACUUCAACCAGAUACGCAGAGAUGCUCUCAAGUCUCUCAAUAUUGCCUACACUGUGAACACUCAGAGAUCCACUAUCUUUCCUCUGGAUAACUUGGUUCGCAUGCUACUGUUUAGAGACUGCGAAGAAGCCACUGAUUUUAUAAGUUAUUAUGGGCUGAGUGUGUCCGAUGGUUAUGUGGAGCUGAAUCGCUUAGCUUUCCUGGAGUCUGAAGGAUUGCCCAAACCAAGAAAGUCAUUGUUUGUUAAGCAGAAGCUAACUGCAUCCAUUGGAGAAAUUGUAAAUGGAGGAGCAUUACCUCCAGUAACUCGCCAUGUACCUGUAUGUAGCUUCAAUGGGCAGAACAAGUACACAGGAGGGAGCACUCCUGGGGAGCCAGCCAGCAGCAUCCAGAAAGCCAGUGUGAAUGUGACAGAAGGAAGGAUAGAAGAGAGAGGUUUGGAUUCUGAAGGGACAGGGCUACAAGUCCAGCCUCCAGCUCAGUCUUUGCCUUCACUGUUACCUCGUCCUCCAGCACCAUUGCCUCCUGCAGCACACUUCCCCUUUCAGCCGAUAGAGCAGCCUGAGCUUCCCCCUUCAAAACCUCAGCCCGUGUACGCAGACCCGGACAUUGCAGAAGUGUUGGAAGGCCUGGUGCAUGAAGUUCUCAAAGGAGAGUGCAGAGAAAUCGGCAAGACAGGAGCAGCUUACGUGACUGCAGCUAUGUGUACCUCUGAUGCCACCGUAGAGGAACUCUUGACCGAAGUAAUGAUGGAGCUUCUCAGGCAAGUUGCAGCAGAUGUAGUCAGUGCAGAAAGAGAGCGAGUCAAAGAGGAAAAACGCAGAGCAGAAGAAGAGAAGCAGAAGCAGGAAAGAGAACGGUUGAUAAAACAGUUGAGCUAUUCAGUGGGUGCAGAGCUGACAGAAGAAGUAAUAAAGGAAGGUGUUCAAGAGACUUCAGCUAGUGAAUUAAAGUAUGCUUUGGAAAGAGACCGAAAAGCCCGCAUUGCCCGUUGCUCAGAGGAAGUCUGUGCUGAUGUAAUGCAGCUGUUUCUGGAAGAGGAGAUUUUCCAGAGUGCCAAGGAGACCCUCCAGGAGCUCCAGUGUUUCUGCAAAUAUCUGCAGCGAUGGAGGGAAGUGGUAGCAGCGCGGAAGAAGCUGAAGCGUCAGAUGAGGGCAUUCCCAGCAGCUCCCUGUUGUGUGGAUCCGAAAAACAAACUGAAGGCAUUAUCCCCCAGUGCAGAGUGUCCUAUUGCUGAGGAGAACCUAACUAAGAGAAUUGUAAACCUAGGACACGCAGGAAAUCUGGGAAUCUCCUGCACCAGGUUAAGAUGGCUGAGAAACAGGACAAAGCACCAAAUGAAAGUUCAGUACUUUUACCAGCAGCUGCUAUGUGAUGCAGCAUGGACACCCCUGGAUCUGCCUGCACUGAUCCUUGAACAUAUUCCAGUUCAGCGAGAACAGAUCUUUUGGAAGGUGCUCUUGGUGUUGCCAAGUUACGAAGGAUGUCAAGCAGAGGAUCCCAGCCAGGUACUAGCGGAUUGGUUGAAAGCCAAAUUUAUGGGCGAUAAAAGAUCAAAGGAUAUGAUCUCCAACACAGAGGAGAGAGUCCAGACACUUGCACUGUUUAGCUCUUUUGGAAUGCAAGGAGAUCGGGCAGUUUGUGUCAACUUGUGUAUAAAGGUGGCCCAUGGCACGCUCAGUGACUCGCAGCUUGAGGUGGCUGAGGCACAGAAGGAUCUGUUUGGAACUAGUGGUCUCGUUCUCCUGCUGCCCCCUAGAGUGAGGAGCGAAGAUAUGGCCGAGGAGGAUGUUUACUGGCUUUCAGCUUUGCUGCAGUUGAAACAGCUCCUUCAGGCGAAGCCUUUCCAUCCAAUAGUACCUCUGGUGGUUCUAGUCCCUACGCGGGGAGAAGAGGCCACAGAGAAGGAAGUAGAAGAGGGUUUGAUGCUGCAGGAUUUGAUUUCAGCUCAGCUUAUUUCAGACUAUGUUAUCGUUGAGAUUCCAGAUUCGAUCAGUGACUUGCAAGGCACCAACAGGCUCUCCGAGGCAGUGCGAUGGCUGCUUUCCCAGUGCCCCAGCUCCCCACAGCUCGGCUGCCAGACCCUCCAGCAGUUCAUCGAGGAUGGGGUUAGCCGUGAGUUCAGCGGGCGCUUCUACCAUGACCAGAAGGAGAGACGUUUGGCCGGCCUGCCCUCCCAAGAGCCCAGCGCUAUCAUUGAGCUGUACAACAGCGUGCUGCAGUUCCUGUCGGGGGUGGUUUCCUCCAAACAGCUCUGUGACCAGUCCUGGCCUGUCACCGAGUUCGUGGAGCCUGGCGGCAAUACGCUGCUUCCUCACCUCCAGUGGAACACACUGGCUCACCUGGGCUGGCUGAGGAAGGCUGUGCUGUCCUUCCAGAUCCCGCACGUGGACCUUCCUCCUCAAGGGGCUCCCUGGCGUCCUGUCUGCUCCAUGAUUUUCCAGUACGUGUCCCAGAUCGCCAGCUCUCCCCAGACCCAGCCGAUACUCCAGUCUCAAGUGGAGAACCUGCUGAGCAGAACCUAUUGCAAAUGGCGGGGCAGGCUGUUUGCCAGCUCAGAAGAUGAUGGACCUGCAGUUGACGAAAUCCCCUGGGAUGAGAUCUUUGCGCUGUGCAUUGAUCAUAAACUGAGAGACUGGAAACGCCCCCGGCUGCCUGUCAUACCAGAAGCAGUGAGUGAAGAUGGCCAGAUAUAUGUCUAUUUCUUUAAGGAACAUUUAAAAACCUUCACUCUUCCUUUUUCAUGGGAGCGGGCCAGACUGCAAACACAGAAAGAGAUCCAGCAGGGACACACAAGGUCAAGGAGACGCUCUCCUCAGCCAUUUGCAAAACAUUAUCCCAUGUUGCUGCCUCGAAGUGAGCGUGUCGGGCUGGGGGAUCAGGAGACGAGGAUUCCCAGUGCCGCAGAUCUAACGCCCGUGGCCUCGGCCCCGGUGCGCCUCCCAGAGCGCCUGGCUGCUAAGCUGGAGCUGGAGAAGAGAGAGCACAGGAGGUUUGAGGAGCAGCUACACCAGUGGUUAGCAGAAGACUCUGAGCAGCUCCCAUGCUCCUUGUCUCUUCCCCUCUACCUCCCUCAGAGCCUGGUCUGUACACCUCAGGUUAUCCGUCCACUGAGUGAAACGCUCACAUCUCCACGUCCACAGGCUGGAAGUCAUGUGGAGCAUGGGCAUCUGGUGGAGGAGCCCGGCACCUCUCUGUCAGACAGACUGAAACGAUUACAACGGCUGAUCAGAGCUAACAAGGAAGAGGAGAUUGCCUGUGAGCUUCAUCUAUCUACCCUGCUGGACAUGGUGGAUGUUUAACUGGGGCCCAAGCCAGCAUGUAGAGCAAGAGACCUCACGGCGAAAGAUUGUCCAGGAUGUGGGGGUCAGACAAUCAAUGUCCCGAAGCAGGUGCCUAUGCCAGAAACUAUGCCUCUCCGCCAGGGAGGAAUCGUGGCAACAUACACUGGACAGAGAUGGAGCUUGUGCACCAGUCCCUCCCCUAGCGGAGGGGGUAACUAUCCACAGCCCCUCGCCUGCCCAGCCCUGCAUUUCUUGCAAGCCCAUGUCUGGGUUUUGCCUGGUGUCGUCCAGCGCUAUAAUUCCUUCACACCACGCUGCCCUAUCCCACAGGUGGGGAAACUGGUUGCAUCACGACAAGCAGUGCUUCAGGCUUGGUUUGUACAUUAAUGUUCUCUAUAUAAACUCCCCCUCGCUUGCGUCCCUAGGACAGCCCCAGCAGAGAGGGGUAAUCUGAUUGCCGUUCAGACGCUCAGUGCCUGCUCAGCUUCACCACUGUAAGGGAAACAACGCAGCCUGCCCCCUUCUUUGACUGCCAGACCCCCUGCACUGCCAGCAUCUUGGGUGGGCUCCCUCUUGAUAGUAUAGUAAGGCUGCUAAGAAAACUGUAGGCCACCAGGCUGGCAGAGUUAACACUUUAGCCUGGGAUUGGAUUUUGGUCUUUGCUGAAAUGAGAACAAGAAAAUACUGCCAGUGGGUGUACAGGAAGAAGACCCAUUCUGCUGGAAUCAUACAGCUCAAUUUGGUUUCACUAAAAGAAUGUUGUAAGGUAGGUUAGUCCUAAAGUCAGUGAGGAUCCUUAGGUAGAAGGGAACAAUGUGACUCUAAUCUAAACACCAUCAGAAUACAGCUAGAAGUCACAGGCUGAGCAGUUUUGUAGUCUGUGGAAGUUGUUCUGUUCUAGUAUGCUUGUUUUUUAUUCACUGGUCUGUUGCCUUUUGAGCCGCCCUGCUGCCCAUGAAUAUUUCCUCCAUUUAAGAAACAUUUGGAGCAUUGUUCUCGUUCUCAAGAAUCCAUAAGAUUCCUGGACUAUUGUCUCUGAAUAAUGCUCCAUGCAAGGGGAUUCUGGACUUUGUGGCCUACGUUUCGUUAUGGUGACAGUUUAUGGCAGAUAUGGACUGGAAGAGCCGCUCCCCUCUCGUGUGGAGUGGUGUACUGCUGAGAACCGAGUGCCUGGGAUUUUGUUUUUAAAUAGCACAGGGGCGUUGAGGAAUUCUUUAGCAGCUGCUGCUUCUCAGCUUCUCAUGAGGUUCUUGUUUGGAAAGUUGCAUCGUUUUUCUUUUAAAAUAAAAGUAUUAUCUGCAGUGAACUCAUGGGACAGUGUGUUCUAUGACAGUAUUCUAAUGGAAGGGUUUGUUCAUGUAAGAAAACCAGAUUGUUUCAAGCUUGGAUUGAUCAGGUAUCCGGAAACAUGGGUAUCGACAGGUUUAUCAACGAGCAGCUUCUCCUCCUUGCCCACCAAUCAGAAAUCAGUUGCCUAUUUAAACAUUUGUAUUUAAAAUUCUCACUGCUCCCCAAGCAUUCACCCCCUGCUCCCAAGUCCCCACAUUUUUCCCUGUCUCUCUCUUUAAAGUAAAGCUUUUUAUUUGUCCUUAAAAUGCUAAUAGUAAAUGUGGUUUUAUCUUUUAAGCUAAAGAUCUGCUGAUAAAAAUUGGAAUAUGAGGGUUUAAAAAAAUGUAAGGGAGGUUGUGCUCGAAGGCUGUUCUUGCUAGUAAACUCUUCCUGCAGACCAUGGAGCUAGUUUUGGAUUAUUUUUGAAACAGACUAAAAUGAAAUGAACCAGUCCGCAUGCAUUGUGCUCUCAGCAAUGGCUCACUGGUAAUGCUGUGGUUGAUCUGCUCUGCAUUUACCGUUAGUGUUGUAAGACUGUAAAAUGGAAUCACUGUUUUUGAGAUCAUGCUUUCAACUAGGUACCAAUGUAACUGUUCUAUGUAUAUAAUAAAUUUUGAAUGGCUUAAA